AUGGAACAACAAGAACGUGCAGAGAGAGUAGCAGGUCGGGUAUCUCCCGAGACCAGGCUCAGCAGUGACUGGCAAGGUGCACUUGGGAACUCGAUUGUAGUCGGUUCGUCAGAGAAACACACAUCCAAUGAAAUUCUUGAAUCUCUGAACUUCCCUAAAGUACGUCAGCGAUUCUACCAGAUCCACGAUCCUCAUCCAGGCACUUACGAUUGGAUUUUGGAAGAGCAGACAAAUCAUGCAGGUCAAGAUUUUGUCCGGUGGUUACAGAGUGGUCGUGGUGUCUUCUGGAUAACAGGCAAACCGGGCUCUGGCAAAAGCACGUUGAUGAAGUACAUCUCCGAAAGCCCUGUGACGCUCAGAUACCUGGCUGCAGACUCAAAAAAAGCUACACCACUCAUUCUACAUCACUUCUUUUGGAUUGCAGGGCCUAGCCUUGCGCGCAACCAUAGAGGCAUGCUUUUGACCUUUCUACGUGAGAUCUUGUCAGCACGGGAUACGCUAGACGACACGUACAAAAAACAUGCCGAUGCCUACGUAACUCCCCUCGCGGCGGCAAUAAAUCGAGCCCUGAAUAUUGAUCAGUUCGACUUGUCGUACGCGGACCUUGAGAUCUCGUUGCUCCAAAUAUUGGAAGACUACAACGGCAGUAUCCUUGUCUUGGUGGACGGUCUGGAUGAAGUCGAAGGGGAAGAAUCACAUUCAAUAAUCGAUUUUCUUACACGUCUCAGCUUGCUUCCAAAUUUGAAGCUGUGCGUUGCCAGCCGUCCAGAAGUCUGGCUAGCGAAACCUUUCCGAGAUGCGCACACGUUUCGUAUGGAAGACAUGAAUGCCAACGAUAUCUCCUCUUACAUCAGCCAAGAGUUCGUUGGAUUCCUAGAGUUCCGUGCUAUCAACGAUGUCAGGUUCGCUAGUAUUGUCGAACUUCUCAAAGAAAGAGCUGAGGGUGUAUUCCUCUGGUUGAAAUUCGCGACCCGCUCUUUGCGCAGGGGAAUCGUUAAUCGCGACACGUUUCGCCAAUUGGAAGAUCGACUCUCAGAACUACCUCCUGAACUACGAGACAUAUACGAUGUAAUGUUUCUCAAUUAUCGGGUUGGAGACUAUAGACAUUCAUCCGAGAUUACCACCAUCUUGAACAUCCUCCUGCUUUCACGUGAGCAUGCAUUACAUCUCUUCGAGCUCAUGGUUAUGCUUGAGGACGAUAUCCUGCAGUACUACCGUCAAUAUGGUCUGUCAGUCGAUAAGCGUAUUCUCGUGUCCAAAUGUUUGGCAUUGAAGGGAAAACUGACAACACUUACGGCUGGAUUUGUAGAAUGCCGUCCAUGGCUUGACAAUACAGAAUCAGGAAUGAAGGCGCUCUACCAAAGCCUAGACGCACUCUGUUCUGAUGAGGACGACGAAUCGUACCACCACACGAAUGUUACCUUCAUUCACCAAUCUGUUGUUGAUUAUCUUUCAAGCACGGAAACCUGGCGGCCUAUCCCUUCGAUUGACGAGGACAAGACUCCAGAACUGCGGCGUCGCCGUCUUUUUGCAAGACUGGCUUGUAUGGUUGAAGCAGCUCCAGAUUCUAGCGGCUGCGUGCGCGAGAUUGGGCUGCGCAUCGAUUCGUGUGAUACCAGUAGUGAAGCUGAGGAAAUUCACACCGAGCUAGGCAAGAUGCUUGAAAGAGCUCAAGAUCGAAGCUUUAUCAGAGGGGAAAACACCGACUCUGGUUAUGGUACUGCAGAGAAACAGGAAACAAGUUCCACUUCCUGGAACGCAUCAAGUCAUACAGGGCGACAUACCAAUGACUUGACUAGCCUCGGUCUGUCUGAGGCCAACAGUUAUGAGCUACGUGAAACGUUAGAUCGGUCAGGCGGUAUCCAGCCAGUUGCGAAGAAUGAUGAAGACAUCCAAUCUCUUGUGAGAGGUCCUCGUCCGCCUAUAACCAUUUACUUUGAGAAGCACCUUCUACAGACUCUCUGUGCUCAGGAUGCGCUCAUACGUGUUUGCCAAGUACUGCGAUCAAGCUAUUCAGAAUCGAACAUCUCGGAUACGCUCCUCGAAAGAGAUUUGACGGAAAUUUUGAAAUACUAUUUUAUCGACGCUCGGGACAAUGCUCGCUCAAAUGGAGAAUAUGCAAGUGCACAGAUAGUGCGAUCUCGCGCAUAUCGAUGCAAAUUAGCCGGAAAGCUCUUACGACGAAGUACAAAUCUGGACAUCGAUGAAGAUAGUCCAGUGGAAUCAGAAGACGACGACCCAAACACGAAGAUGUCAAUGGGCAUGUCAAGACAGGAAGUGAAUGACUGGUUACAAGGUAAUCCCGGCUUUAACCAGACGCAACCCAGUGAGACACCGGAGCUAAUACCUGAGGAUGAUGUGAAGGAUUCUGGCUCAACGAUCAUCGAGCACGAGGUUGAUGAUGGUAAUGACGAUUACAUGCAAUCGGAGAUGCAUUCUGAAGAUUUUGUACAACGUAUGGAGAACUAUAUGGUGAAAGGAGAUGCCUACAAGCUAUUGAUUGAACGAGCGUACUCUCAAACCAUUGGCGCGAAGUUUCAUAGCCUUCGACGAGUGCUGCUGUCUCUACCUAGACAAAACAUUACGUUCUACUUCAAUCCUUCCAGCAGUUGGCUCGAUCAAGCAAUCAUUGCGGCAAUACUCAUCACCGGGACAUUCCACGGAACGACGCUGUCCGCAUGCAAAAAUUGCUUGACGUGA